UAGGAACAUCAUUCAGUCUUCAGCUCCUCGUUGAACACAAACGAACAUCAAACAUGUCUAGGCUCGCUGUUCUGUUGGUCUGCAUCCAAGCUUGCUUGGUCCAGGUAGUGUUCGGUCAGUACCUCGGCGGUGUUGGCUGCGGGUGUGGAGCCCCAGCUUUAGCUCCUGCUCCUGCUCUGCUCGCUCCUGCUGCUCCAUGUGGUGGUGCCCUCGGUCUUGGUGCUCUCGGUCUUGGUGCCAUCGGAUCUGCUUAUGGUGGCGCACUUGCUCCUGCUGCUGCAUACGGAGGUGCUGCUUACGGCGGCGCCGGUGAAGGCAACGUGGCGGUCCUUGGUGAGCUGCCAGUCUCCGGUACUACUGCUAUCGGUGGUCAGGUCCCCAUCAUGGGCGCUGUGAGCUUCGGCGGCGCCGUGCCGGCUGCUGGAGCCGUGUCUAUUAAUGGACAAUGCUCUUGCGGCUGUUAUUGAUUUCUUUGAUAAUCUUGUUUUGUGUUUUG